AUGGAGCGGCUGCUGCAGCGAGAGAGGCCUCGGGUGCAGCGACAGCUUCAGCGGCUGCAGAAGAAGUUGCAGAGGGAGCGGCAGCGCCGGCAACAGCUCGAGGCCCAGAUUCAGCAGGCGCAGGGAAGUGUAGGGAUGAUGAGCCAGCCGAUGCAGCAGCACCUCGUUCUGCAGCACCUGCUUUGGCAACAGCGGCAGCAGCAGCAACAUUUGCACCAUCAGCAGUGGCAGUAUUUGCUACACCAGCAGCAGCAGCAGCAGCAGGCUUUGCUUCAACACCAGCAACAGUAUUUGCUUCAACAGCAGGCGCAUUUCCACGGGAUGCAACAACAGCAGCAACAGCUGUCCUUGCCUGCGGGUGAACAACAACAGCAGCAGGCUUUGCUUCAACGAGACCAGGAGAAAGCGGAGCGCUCAGUACAGCAGCAGGCGCAGCAGGUGACGCCUCCUGAGAGGCCCGCACAGAAGCGCAAGCAGGGUAGGCCACAGGAGGCGCAUUUGCCCGGGAUGCAACAGCAGCAGCAACAGCUGUCCUUGCCUGCGGGUGAACAGCAACAUCAGCAGGCUUUGCUUCAACGAGACCAGGAGAAAGCGGAGCGCUCAGUACAGCAGCAGGAGCAGCAGGCGGCGCCUCUCACCAACGUCUGA